AUGGUAAAUCUGAGAAAUCAUGAUGACGACACAGAACAGUCACCCACGGUCAAGCGACGGAAAAUCCGCAAAGGCACGCAGAGCUGUUGGGAGUGCAAGAGGCGCAAAAUCAGAUGCACUUUCGCCACUCCGAACGAUUCCAUAUGCGACGGCUGCAGAAGCCGCAGGGUCAAGUGCAUUGGCCAGGAGUUCGACGACGGGGAUGUGAGUGCAGCUAAAAAGACUGGAGGCAUGAGUCGGAAGGAGACGGCGGUUGGGCGGGUGUCCAAGAAAGGGACCGACCUGAUCACUUUGCAAGAUCAUGGCGGAGAGGAUACGAGGCAGAAGGGGAUGGGAAUCCCGAGAAGCGCUGUCCACAACCUCGGUGAACUAAGCAGUAGUUACAAGAUAAUCAUGUCCCGCCUGGUCGAGACAGCGAGCAAACUGGUGACGAGCGACCACGAGCUGGUCAGCUCGCUCGAGGGCAUCGAGUGCAUCAUGAUUGAGGCCAUGUAUCACAACAAUGCCGGGAACCUCCGCCGGGCAUGGGUCACCCACCGACGGGCAAUGACGAUUGCGCAGAUGAUGGGGCUUCACCGUGGUGUGUCUCCACCCACGGCACUGCUUGACGUCCACAACCGAGACCGUAUAAGCCCGGAACACAUGUGGUGCCGUUUGAUUAUCUCAGAUCGUUACCUCUCACUAAUGCUAGGCCUGCCACAGGGCUCCCUCGAGAGCCCCUUUGGCACUCCACAAGCCCUCGACAGUUGCAUCCCACUGGAGCGAAUGGAGCGCAUUGAGUCGAUCGCGGGCGGGCUCAUCCUGCAGCGCAAUGAAGCUGAUCUACAUAAUCUUGUCAAGACACAAGAAGUUGACAAGAUACUCCAGGAGGCUGCAGCCUUGAUGCCACCCCAGUGGUGGCUGACUCCGAAAAUUGCAACUGUCGUCGGCCAUGACAAAGAAGCCCUCCGUGAGACCCUCCGCCUAAUGAACCAGUUCACGCAUUAUCACUUGCUGGCACAGCUUCAUCUGCCGCACCUUCUCCAAGACUCAGACUCACCAAGGUACGACUACAGCAAGAUCACAGCUGUGACGGCCAGUCGGGAGAUCCUUUCGCGUUUUGUGCAUUUCCGUGCCUCUGUCACAGUCGCUGCAUACUGCAGGGGAAUUGAUGUUCUUGCCUUCAUUGCGAGCACCGUACUAAGCCUCGCUCACAUCGACGCCCGUCGCCGGCAGCGGAUCGCCACUAGUGGCUGCGGUGCUGCACUUCAUUUGGUCGCACAUCAGCGGCGGAGUGACCGGGGAUUACUUGAGCAGACGCUUCAGCGUAUGGAUGAAGUGAAUGAGAGGGGUGAGGAUGCUAUGGCAUGCAAGAUCUCCAGUAUACUCCAGCACUUGCUCGCCAUCGAAGACGCUGCCGCCAAUGACGACUACUACAACGCCACAAUUUCGUCGAAGGCGGGUGAGCCGGAGCCUCAACAUGACGACAAGUCAGUUGAUGUGGGCCAAUCGCUGCAGAUCCACGUUCCAUAUUUCGGGACAAUAACAAUCGAGAGUCGUGCUGCCUCAAUGCCAGUCCGAGUCGAGCAGGCUCUUUCAGAUGAUACCACUCGAUCCUCACCGGUUCUGGAUGUUUCGUACCACGACAGCGAGUCUUCAUUUAAGCCUGCUUUGGAACAGAACAGAAAAAGGAAACAGUGUGUGCGGAAUUCACCGUUUCCCAUAUCAGAUCCGGCCGGGUAUCGAUUCGGCGGUGAUUCUGCCAAUACUGAUUGGCAGACGGUGCCUUGUAACCUCGAUUCGCUCAGGACAAAUGAACAGUCUGCACCCGUUGCUUUGGGUGCAAGUUCCCCCGAUUCUGAACGCAUCGAGCUUAACAUGGCAACGUUACUGGUGCCCGGAUUAACAACAGAUGUGGAUGAUUGGGCUUUGCAAGGCGUGGACCUGGCCUUAUUCGACAGUCUAAUCCGGGGGUCAGCGGGACCAGACGUGGACCCCUGA